AACGCAAAGAAAACAAAGCAAACAAAAGUGGAGCGGAAAAGCCCGGAACAAGUGCAAAUCAAAUCAUCUUAUAAAUAAAAAUGAAAAGCGUAAUGAAAAUCAGUUGUUGUUACCCCAAAAUAUAUGUGAAAAUUCAACAAAAGAAGAGCGCAACAAAACGGUUUCCCCCAACAUCCAUAAUGUAUAUGUGUGUGUGUGCGUGAGUGUAUCAGUAUCUGUGUGAAAAGGAAACAGAAACAACAAUAAACAAAAGCCAAAGGAUACGCGAGCUGAACAGCAAAAGGAUCUGCGCUACAAAACAAAUAAAAUUAAACAGCCAGCAGCAGGACCCGCAGGAGCUGACUCCCCAAAGGCCAUAGAUUCAGUGACUUUUCCACAAGGUCAAAAUGAAAGCCGUGCUGCUAGUAGCUCGAGACCUCAUCGCAGCCCUGGACACCGAUAGAUAGUGUAAAUGAUCAGAAAGCACAACCUGCCAUUCAGAGCCACAUCGAAAUAGGGUAGAGGGAGGAUUACAGCAAUCAAUUAAUUGGCUCGAAAAUAAAACAAAAGCACUGCCAGGACAAUGGGGGAAAGCCAGCUGUUGCUUUUGCUGCGGCUCCUGCGACUUCUGGGCCUACUUAUUGGCUGUCUGCACACAGUGGAGUCCUCCACAGCGGACAUCUACAAGAAUGCCCGGCUGGGGCAUCGCAUAGUGCAGACCCGAUAUGGACGAUUGCAUGGCCUGAUACUCCCCUUGGAUAGCUUUCGAUUUCUGCGAUCUGUGGAGGUAUUCCUCGGAGUGCCAUAUGCCACGCCACCCACCAAACAAAAUCGAUUCAGUCCCACGCGUGCACCGGCGCCCUGGGAUGGCAUUCGCAUCUCGGAUAAGUACAGUCCCGUCUGUCCGCAGCGUUUGCCCAAUAUACAGAAUGAGACGGCAGCACUGGAGAAGAUGCCCAAGGGCCGGCUGGAGUACUUGAAGAGACUGCUGCCAUUUCUGGAGAACCAAUCCGAGGAUUGCCUCUACCUGAAUGUCUUUUCCCCGGUAAACGCUGGUGCCAAUGAGAAAAAGCUGCCCGUAAUGGUGUUCAUUCAUGGCGAAUCCUUCGAGUGGAGCAGCGGCAAUCCCUACGAUGGCAGCAUCCUAGCCAGCUAUGGCGAAGUGGUGGUGGUAACACUCAAUUAUCGGCUGGGCAUAUUAGGUUUCCUCAAUGCCAAUCCCAAUCCGCAUGCCCAUGCCAGGGUGGCCAACUAUGGGCUCAUGGAUCAAAUGGCAGCGCUCCAUUGGAUCCAACAGAAUAUACAGAAAUUUGGUGGCGAUCCAAAUGCGGUAACCCUUGCAGGACAUGGCACUGGAGCGGCCUGCAUUAACUAUCUGAUGACAUCGCCCACGAUGGUGCGGGGACUCUUCCAUCGUGCCAUCCUGAUGUCCGGUUCGGCGUACUCUUCGUGGGCCCUCGUCGAGGAUCCCGUGCUGUUUGCCAUCAAGCUGGCCAAAGAAGUGAAUUGCACUAUACCGGAGGACCUGAAUCGACACCACGAGCAAAUCGUCGACUGUCUGCGGGAUGUGCCGCUGGAGGAUCUGUACAGUGCGGAUAUACAGGCACCAAACUUUCUGACAUCCUUCGGACCAUCGGUUGAUGGCGUUGUCAUACGACCCGGACAUUCCAAUCUCGAUAUCGAUGAUUUAAUGGCCCGCAACUCGAAGCGUUCAUCAGCGGAGUUUGGCUUCCAGACAUCACCGGGUGGCAAUGGUGGCUCUGGCUCUGGCUCUGGCGGCGGUGGCAGUGGUGCGUCCUUCAACGGUGGCAGUGGCGGCUACUUUGGCGGUGGCGCCUCCGCCACAGCAAAUAUGGGCGGUCACUAUGAUGUGCUUUUUGGCGUCGUUACGGGCGAAUCGAUUUGGCGCUUCAGUGCUCACGAUAUACAAAAUGGUUUCGAGGGCGAGCGGCGAGAUAAAAUUAUCCGCACUUAUGUCCGCAAUGCAUACAAUUAUCACCUUAAUGAGAUAUUCUAUACGAUCGUCAACGAGUACACGGAUUGGGAUCGCACAUCCCAGCAUCCGAUCAAUACACGAGACACCGCUGUGGCAGCUCUAUCGGAUGCCCAGUUUGUGGCACCAAUUGUCCGAACGGGCGACAUCCUGGCCUCACAAUCGCCACAGCCCGUAAGCUCUCAGUCGCCGGCAAGCUCGUCGGGAGGCGGAAAUCCAGCUGCCUCGACCUCGGCAGGAACGUCCACCCAGCCGGCAGGACGCUGCUACUUCUAUGUGUUCGACUAUCAGACCAAGGACGGUGAUUAUCCCCAGCGCAUGGGCACGGUGCAUGGUGAGGACUUGCCCUACAUUUUCGGGGCACCACUGGUGGAUGGCUUUAGCCACUUUCCCCAGAACUACACCAAGUCGGAGACAGCGCUGUCCGAAGCUGUGAUGAUAUUUUGGAGCAACUUUGCACGCACCGGGAAUCCGAACGAACACCAUCGCCAGGACUCGUCGCUGCCUGUUUCAAAGGAGCGUAAUCGCUUUCGCAGCAUCACCUGGGAAAAUUAUGAUCCGCUGCAUCAAAAGUAUUUGGAAAUAGGAAUGAAGCCGCGUAUUAAGAAUCACUUUCGGGCCCAUCAACUCUCCAUUUGGUUGCGCCUUAUACCGGAGCUACAUCGCGCGGGGAUGGAGGAUGUGAUAGCUAGACACAAUCUGUUUCGAAAUCACGAUGAUAUGGACCUGUACGAGGGACCUGUUAAACCGGAUCCAUUCGGUAUAUCAACAGCGACAUCCUCAUCAUCCUCCGGCUCGUCGUCGCGCCUCCUUCUUGUCGAUGAGCAGUUGAUGAUGAAGAAGGGACGCGGCAUGAAUGCUUCGGCCUAUUUGAAUGGCAUAUUGGGUGUGACCACCGUGGAGCCCAACAAUAUGUAUACGACCUGUAUACCAAUUGGAGGAAAUUAUACGAACGGCGGUGGCGGUGGUGGCGUGUUUGCCCCAACAACACUGGCGAACGCCUCGUCGGACACUUUGGCCUCGGGCUUCGAGGCGGCCGGCUAUGCGGCCUAUUCGACAGCAUUGAGCGUUACGAUUGCCAUCGGCUGCAGCCUGCUGAUACUCAACGUUCUCAUCUUUGCGGGUGUCUACUAUCAGCGGGACAAGACGCGGCUGGAGGUAAAGACACUGCAGAAGCAAUAUCAGCAAAGGAGCAUGCACCAGCAGGUGCCGUAUCCGCCGGAGCCCAUCAAGCACGCCCACUACCACAUGGGCCACUCGCAGAGCUCCGCGAAUGUCAUUGUGGAUGUGGAGAGUCAUCAGGACUCGCAGGCGGGGCAACAGGCGGCCAUGCUGCUGCAGGCGGCCGCUGCAGCCGCAGCAGCAGCUGCAAAUGAGGCAAAGCCACCGCCACCUCAUAUCUGCUCGAACACGGGCAUGCAACAGCAGCAACAGCAACAACAGCAGCAGCAGGGUGGCGGCAACACUGGCCCACUAGACGGCUCAAAGGUGCCCACAGAUGGCAUGGGCAAUGUCACCUACAGCACCAGUUCCAAGCAGCAGCAACAUCAGCAGCAGCAGCAGCAGCAACAGCAGCGAGAACAUAUGCAAAUCAAGGGUGGUGGCACGCAAACCUUCGGGCGGGGCACCUCAAACGCUGCCAAUGGAGGCGCAGGCAAUGGUGGUGGCGGUGGCGGUGGCGGUGGUGGUGGUGGCGGGGGAUCUGGAUCGGCCUCUGUUGUCGUGUCCGGUAAUAGCGUCAGCUACAAUCCCGGCAUGAUGACGCUCCCCAAAUCGGGCACGCUGCAUCACGCCGCAACAUUGAAUUAUGCGCGAAACGCCUUGAAUCUGGCGGGUGGCGGCACCGCCCUGGUGGAUAGCCGCGGCAAUGUGCUGCUCACCAGCGUGGCACCCGUGGGCGGACACCCGGGCAUGGGCGCUGGUGGCUCCUCAAGCGGUGGUGGCGGUGGCGGUGGCGGUGUUGAUUGCAUGACUCUGCCACGCAAUCUCAGUCUGGCUGCCGCAGGACGACACAAUCCCACGACAGAACUACAGCAAUAUCAACAGCAGCAGCAGCAGCAGCAGCAACAGCAACAACAAUCGGGCAAGCAUCAGGCAAAUGGAAAUGUUCUGACCGGAAUGCCGUCGCAUCAUAUACGCGGACCACGCCCACCGCUACGCACUGCUUCAUCAACGACCACCAACAGCAGCAGCAAUAACUCUGCCAUGGGCGUGGCCGGUGGCGGUGUGCUGCUGGAUCAAACGCCCUCCGGUGGCAGCAGCAGCAGUGGGGUAAGCAGUGCGCCCAGCUCCUCAAAGGGCGGCGGCGGCGGCGGCGGCCACCACACCCACACGCACAAUCAUUCGGGUGUGCACCUGGUGCAUCAGCAUGGUGGCGAGGGUAUGGUCAUGACCUCCUCCCCCGGCCAGGGCAUGGGCGGACAGCAGCAGCAGCAGCAGCAAGUGCCACAGGCGGCCAUCGAUGAGAUGCGCGUCUGAUAGGUAUCGGUCUUUGAGUUGGACUUAUAGUCAUCAGAGGGCUCCAUAGAAACCCUGCGUGCGGAAACGCCCGAGGAGUUCUAUGAACCGAAGCAGGUGGCACCACAGCAGCAGCAGCUCCAGCAGCUCCAGCAGCUGGAACAGCUCCAAGCCCUUGCCCCAGAUGACAGCCAACUCAAUGGGAU